AUGUUAUCAGUACCUCCCAAAGGCAAGGUGAAGGAACAAACUCACUGGCGUGCUGGGUGGUGGGAUUUUUACCCUUUUGUCGAACCAAAACGACCCAUUCAGUGGUCCCAUUCUUCGGUUAUCUUCACUGCACAUGCAAGCCAGCCGCUGGUCAUUGCACGUCAUAUUUCGUCUUCAAAACAAUUUAUUCUACCAUCUCCUUCCCCAAUCCUAGAUUCUCCCCUGUCAUACGAUCCACCUAGUGUCAUCUUAGCUUCGCCAGGUGAUGACUGGCUUUUUGCAUACUUUCCGCGUCAAGACGGUGACGGAACUGGUUGUUUAUGGAUCAGGGCUGCACGUAUCGACGAUUGGCAAAUCAAGGGGUGCUGGAGCUUUCCAAACGGAGGAGGUGUAGUAGCUGGAAGAUGGCUUUCAAAACAACGAGAUUGGAUACCAGGUCCUUCAGGUUUGCCGAUCCGUAUGCCACCUCUAGGCCCUAAAACACCUAUUACACACCAUUGCCUCCUUCUGGUUACGCAAGACUACCAAGUUCAGCUUUGCUAUCUUCGUCUCUACGCCCCUUCCAUCACAUUUAUAAAAUGUUCACUCAAAUAUCCUGGUAUCGCAAUGGAGAAUCAGCCCAGCAACACUGAGCGGUCAGAAGGAUCUAAGGCAUCGCGACUAUGUGUUGACGCCGCUGUAGGCCUCAGUUACAAUGAAUCUUCAAUUUUGAUUGCCAUGCAUUCCCAUUGUAUCCCCUCGCGUUCAGCUCUACCUUCUCAAGCUGAAACCAUGGGCCAUGACGUUCAGGCUGAGUCAACACAACAUCCUAACGCAGAUUUAUGCAACGACUGGGAGACUUGGGGAGAAGAAUCCUCAAUUGAGCUUUGUGAAGUACAAAUUGAAUUCAACGGGACGACCUUGGCUCUCGCCACACAUCCUCUCUCGUCGCCUGAUCAAUCGGACGGUAAACUCUCCGGCCUCACUUUUGUCUCAGCUCCACCUGAAGGUGCUGAGGAGAAGGGUAAGCUUUAUCUUAUUGCGACGUAUUUAGACUUUGAGGAUUUCACAACCACACCGACAUCGCAACUCGUACUGUUCUCGUUGAAUCGUCGGCCUCUUUCUGCAGGCAUGGAUCAUUCAUGGGCCUGCUCACGCGAAUGCGCUCGCUCCUUCAAGCAAGGAGUCUUGGCAUUGGUACAACCGCAUACCACAGUCAACCAAUGGUCAAUUUUUGCUGCUGUUCUGGAUUGUUCUGGAACGAGGAAAGGGAGUAAGCAAACUGCAGUGGGGACCAUCAAGGUUUUAAAUAUUCUCGAUCUGACUGAGAGUGAAGACUGGGAACAGGUACCCAUUCGAUCACCCCCAGAGCAAGUUGGCAGGGAAGUACCCUUGUCGGUCACCAUAUCUCCCAACUGCAGGCUGCUAUGUACGCUAUCUUCUUCGCUAUGGCAUUCCCAAAUUGCAAUACAUCCUCUUCCAAAAUGUCGAUCAACGAAUGGUCUUACCUCUGAAAAUCAACAGUUUUCUCUUGGGCUCGAUCUGGCGUCAGCAAUUAUUGGCAGAAGAACCGUUGACGACAUAGUACACAUGCUGUCCCUCCAGAUUUUGCCCAUCGAUGAAGUAGUCGACGUUUUGAAUCAUGCCUUGGAGGUUCUGGACGGGAGUAGCGUUUCGCCGCGCUCUACGACUUGGGAUAUUUUGGGUGCCGCCACAGAGAUAUAUAGGUUAAGAGCAAUCACCCUCCAAAAUGACGAUGAAAGAAACACUCUCAAUGCUCGAUGGCAGGCUGCACACGACAUGUGUUCAAUCGCCGCAUGUAAUAUUGCCUUCGAAGAUUGUAGAGAAGGGGAGACAUACGGCCUUGACGCUGUUUGGGAGCUAAUCGGUCUAUGUAGAUGGGUUGUUGAGUUUUUUGAGAAGUUAAUGAAGGAGUGCGUCUUGUAUUCCAAUCCUAUCCAUGAGGAUGGUGGAGGUGCCUCAAAUUCCCGUAAGCAAAAGUCUUUAUCAUCAGAUGGGCGUAAACAACGAUCUCCCAGCAACGAAUCAAACUUAUCCCCCAAUUCUUUUGAACCUCGCCCAUCCUUACGCCACACGGAACCUCUUCACCAUCCUUCAACACUUGAAACGUUUUCGAACUUAUCUCGGCUCCUUGUCUGCUGGAGGAGAAAACUCUCGUAUUGCUAG